GCCCUCCCAGGCCGGACUAUUUAAGCGGCCAGCGGAGACUGGAGUGCAGCUGCGUCCGCUCCCCAGGCCCGCCCGCCGCCCACCGCCUGCAGCCCGCUGGUCGUCCACAGCCAUGAGCCGUCAGUUGACCCUCUACCCCGGCGCCGAGCGCCUGGGUUUCAGCGGCUGCUCCGCGGUCAUCUCCGGCCGGCUCAGCGGCAGCCACGCCUCGUUUCGGGCCGGGGUCAAAGGCGCUGCCUUCGGCAGCCGGAGUCUGUUCUGCGUGGGGGGCGGUCGGCGGCCGGCGCUGAGCUCUGCGGGGCGGAGUGGAGGCUUCGCGCUGGGCCACGGGGGCGCGGGCGGCGGGCGUCCCGGUGGCUUCGUGGGCACCGUUUUUGGCAGCGCGGGGCUGGGGCCCACGUGCCCGUCUGUGUGCCCGCCGGGCGGCAUCCCCCAGGUCGUCGUCAACCAGAGCCUCCUGGCCCCACUCAAUGUGGAGCUGGACCCGGAGAUCCAGAAGGUGCGCGCCCAGGAGCGGGAGCAGAUCAAGGCGCUGAACAACAAGUUCGCCAACUUCAUUGAUAAGGUGCGCUUCCUAGAGCAGCAGAACCAGGUGCUGGAGACCAAGUGGGAGCUGCUGCAGCAGCUGGACCAGAGCAACAGCAAGAGGAGCCUGGAACCCAUUCAUGAAAGCUAUGUCAGCAGUCUGCAGAAGCAGCUGGAGAUUCUGUCCGGGGACAGGGUGAGGUUGGACUCGGAGCUGAGGAACAUGCGGGAAGUGGUGGAGGAUUGCAAGAAGAGGUACGAGGUGGAGAUUAACAGACGCACUGCUGCUGAGAAUGAGUUCGUGGUGCUGAAGAAGGAUGUGGAUGCUGCUUACAUGAAUAAGGUUGAGCUCCAGGCCAAGGUGGACUCCUUGACAGAUGACAUCAAAUUCUUCAAGGUUCUCUAUGAAGGGGAAAUUUCUCAGAUGCAGUCACAUAUCAGCGACACAUCCGUCAUCCUGUCCAUGGACAAUAACCGGCAGCUGGACCUGGACAGCAUCCUCAACGAGGUCCGAGCGCAGUAUGAGGACAUUGCUGUGAGAAGCAAGGCUGAGACUGAGAACGUGUACCAGUGCAAGAUCCAGGAGCUUCAGGCCACAGCAGGCCAGCAUGGAGAUGACCUCAAGCUCACCAAGGCCGAGAUCACAGAGAUCAACAGGCUGAUCCAGAGGAUCCACUCAGAGAUAGGGAAUGUGAAGAAACAGUGCUCCAGCCUAGAGACAGCUAUUGCGGAUGCUGAGCAGCAAGGUGACUGUGCCCUCAAGGAUGCCCGGACCAAGCUGGACCAGCUGGAGGGUGCCCUGCAGCAAGCCAAAGAGGAGCUGGCCCGCAUGCUGCGUGAGCAUCAGGAGCUGAUGAACGUCAAGCUGGCACUGGACGUGGAGAUCGCAACGUACCGCAAACUUCUGGAGAGUGAGGAGAGCAGAAUGUCUGGUGAAUGUCCAAAUUCUGUGAGCAUCUCUGUCAUUAGCAGUACCAAUGCGGGACCAGGAGGUGCUGGCUUCAAUGUGGGCUUUGGUGCCUUGAGCGGUUACAACUACAGACCUCUGGCCCUGGAGGUCAAGACCAAAGGCGCCUGUGGCAGCGAACUCAAGGACCCCCUUGCCAAAGUCUCUGGCAGCAGCUGUGCAACCAAAAAGGCCUCCAGAUGACAGCCAGGCAGUGGGCUGUAACCGCCCCAUAUGCAGAGAUGGAGCACGGCCCCCGCAAUGUCUCCCUGCAGCCAGCCACAAGCCCCUCAGCUCUGUGCGUUUUUGGAGGCUUCACUGCUAAGGGGCUCUCUGAUGGGGUUCUGUCCAGCUCUCUGCUUCUUCUGCAAUAAAUGAUU